UGGAUCACAGAACGGUCACUUGACCCCAGCUUGUGAUUCUCAGCAAGAAGCGGAGCCCGUGGUUGACAUGAGCGCUGAGCCACCCUCAGAGGCAGGACCCGGGGGCUCUGGGGCAGCAGGGCCCACACACCCCUCCUGCCCUUGAGCCCUCCUCUCUACCCCAGGGCCCAGGAGCUUUGGCUUGGCUCUUGUGCUGCUGAUUUUAGCUGCUUCAGCCUAUUUUCUUCAUCUCUGCUAGAAGGCAUCCUUCUAAGAAAAGCAAACCUCUUCUCCCCCAGGGCAGGCCCCCACGCCAUGCUGUGCCCCUCCCACCAGCCCUCCCGCGGGCCCCCUGCCGAGUCACAUGCACACCUGAGUUCGCUGAGCUCCUUUGAUGCAAUGUUUUGUUGAAAGCCUGUUUCUCCAAAGUGGUACUGGAGCUUCCACAGGGACAGAGGUUCUAGCUGUGUCUGUGGGGGCUGCCCACGGGAGGCCAUGGGACCUUGCUGAGCGUCUCGUGCUGUGCCCCUGGCCUGGUGUAGCGGCUGCCUCGCCUGCCCCACAGCAGCCCUGCAGGACCUCCCUGGCCAGGAGGGACAUGGCAGGCGAGGACUGCCUGUGCAGGGCCAUAGUGGACAGUCCAGGGAGCGGUGCUGUCGCGUGGGGCCCAGUGGGGCCGAGCCUCCACAGAGGGGCAGCGGGAGCUGAGCCCCUCGGGCCUGUGCUGCUGGUCUCUGGGCCUCUCGUCCUCUGUCCUGAGAAGCUAGUUUGGGGAAGGAUUGCUGAUGUUUAUCAGGAAUGCCUUCCUCCUUGUUACCAAAUGAUUAUGCAUUUAUUUCUCUAAAAUUUUCUUAUGAAAGCUUUUCAGACGUGCAGUUGAAAGAAUUCCUGGUGAACACCCUCGUUCCCACCACGAGCCUCUCACUCUGCUCGCCUGCUCCCAGCUCACCCCCUCAUCUCUAAACCACACUGAUCUUAGAAUAAAACGCAGGGAAUGGUGGGACAGAGGCCGGCAGAGUUGUAAAAGGGAAAGCCCGUGAGAUUGAGCGUGGCAGCGGAGGAGGUCGCCACUUUUUAUGGGAGGAUGUUAGAUCACGAAUACACAACAAAGGAGGUUUUCCGGAAGAACUUCUUCAAUGACUGGCGAAAGGAAAUGGCGGUGGAAGAGAGGGAAGUCAUCAAGAGCCUGGACAAGUGUGACUUCACGGAGAUCCACAGAUACUUUGUGGACAAGGCCGCAGCCCGGAAAGUCCUGAGCAGGGAGGAGAAGCAGAAGCUAAAAGAAGAGGCAGAAAAACUUCAGCAAGAGUUCGGCUACUGUAUUUUAGAUGGUCACCAAGAAAAAAUAGGCAAUUUCAAGAUUGAGCCGCCUGGCUUAUUCCGUGGCCGUGGCAACCAUCCCAAGAUGGGGAUGUUGAAGAGAAGGAUCAUGCCAGAGGAUGUGGUUAUCAACUGCAGCAGGGACUCGAAGAUCCCGGAGCCGCCGGCGGGGCACCAGUGGAAGGAGGUGCGCUCCGAUAACACCGUCACGUGGCUGGCAGCUUGGACCGAGAGCGUUCAGAACUCCAUCAAGUACAUCAUGCUGAACCCUUGCUCGAAGCUGAAGGGGGAGACAGCUUGGCAGAAGUUUGAAACAGCUCGACGCCUGCGGGGAUUUGUGGACGAGAUCCGCUCCCAGUACCGGGCUGACUGGAAGUCUCGGGAAAUGAAGACGAGACAGCGGGCGGUGGCCCUGUAUUUCAUCGAUAAGCUGGCGCUGAGAGCAGGAAAUGAGAAGGAGGACGGUGAGGCGGCCGACACCGUGGGCUGCUGUUCCCUCCGCGUGGAGCACGUCCAGCUGCACCCGGAGGCCGAUGGCUGCCAACACGUGGUGGAAUUUGAUUUCCUGGGGAAGGACUGCAUCCGCUACUACAACAGAGUGCCGGUGGAGAAGCCGGUGUACAAGAACUUACAGCUCUUUAUGGAGAACAAGGACCCCCGGGACGACCUCUUCGACAGGCUGACCACGAUCAGCCUGAACAAGCACCUCCAGGAGCUGAUGGACGGGCUGACGGCCAAGGUGUUCCGGACCUACAACGCCUCCAUCACUCUGCAGGAGCAGCUGCGGGCCCUGACGCGCGCCGAGGACAGCAUAGCAGCUAAGAUCUUAUCCUACAACCGAGCCAACCGAGUCGUGGCCAUUCUCUGCAACCAUCAGCGAGCAACCCCCAGUACGUUCGAGAAGUCGAUGCAGAAUCUCCAGACGAAGAUCCAGGCAAAGAAGGAGCAGGUGGCUGAGGCCAGGGCAGAGCUGAGGAGGGCGAGGGCUGAGCACAAAGCCCAAGGGGAUGGCAAGUCCAGGAGUGUCCUGGAGAAGAAGAGGCGGCUCCUGGAGAAGCUGCAGGAGCAGCUGGCGCAGCUGAGUGUGCAGGCCACGGACAAGGAGGAGAACAAGCAGGUGGCCCUGGGCACGUCCAAACUCAACUACCUGGACCCCAGGAUCAGCAUUGCCUGGUGCGUGUGCCUGGGGUCUCAGUUCCCACCUGUGGCCUAUGGGGGGCCUGGGUUUUCCAGGAGGCCUCUGUUCAGUCCUAGUAUUGCCCCUGUCCCGUGUCCCCUGGGGUCAGCACAGGCCCUCCCUGUGACAGGGACCCAUGAUGCUGAGUCCUGCGUCAUCAGCUCUCCCUGCCCUGAACGUUGGGAUGGACAGGGUGAAGUGGGGGUGCUGACAGUGGCCUGGGACUCGGAGGCAUCAGGAGGGCCUGUGGAGCUCAGCCUGCCCACAGGGAGUGGGAGGUGGCUGAGCGCCCUGCUCGGUGGACACCUGGGCCACAGCAGGUUGUCUUUGACACCUCGCUGAUGCUCCAGGGUGGCAGCAUGCCUGGGGUGGGGUUGGCCUAGAGGAGCAGGUCCCAGCUACACCAGGCGAUUCUGGUGUCUCUGCUGCACGGAGGACGCUCGCCCUUGCCGAGCACCCUGACCUGGCCUUCAAGGUGGGUGAGUUGCCUGCUUGCCUGGGCUGACACUGCCUCCCGCAGGUGCAGGCGGUUCAGGGUGCCAGUGGAGAAGAUCUACAGCAAAACACAGCGGGAGAGGUUCGCCUGGGCUCUCGCCAUGGCAGGAGAAGACUUUGAAUUCUAACGACGAGCUGUGUUGAAACUUCUUUUGUAUGUGUGUGUGUUUUUUUCACUAUUAAAGCAGUACUGGGGAAUUUUGUACAAUAAAA